CUUCAAAUCGAGCCACAGAUGACCUUUGCUUGCUCCCCACCACGCAUCCCCGAAAAAUUUCCCACGAAAAAAAUCAUUACAUCAAAGGAAAACCAACACACACAAGGAAAAAAGAGCACUCUGCUAAAAGUUGAACAAAUUUAAUCUGAGAAAGAGCUCGAGGAACUAAAGAAGUAAGGGGAAAAAAGGAAAUUAAAAGCAAUGGGAGACAGCGGUAGAAGGAUCGGCGUGGCGGUGGAUUUCUCGCCAUGCAGCGUCAAGGCUCUGAGAUGGGCGAUCGACAACCUCGCCCGCGACGGCGACCACCUCAUCGUCGUCCACACCCGCCCCGCCGAAUACCACGAAUCCGGCGAGAUGCUGUUCUUUGAAACCACCGGCUCCCCUUUGAUUCCGCUGGUCGAGGUCUCCGAUCCGGCGACGAUGAGCAAGUACGGUGUCAAGUCUGAUCCGGUGACUCUCGACGUCCUCAACACUGCUGCCAAACAGAAGAAGUUAAUUGUGGUGAUGAAGAUCUACUGGGGAGAUCCGAGGGAGAAGAUUUGUGAAGCCAUCGAUCGCAUUCCUCUCAGUUCCCUUGUUAUCGGCAAUAGAGGCUUCGGCAAGCUCAAGAGGGUGAUAAUGGGGAGCGUGAGCAACUACGUGGUGGAGAAUGGGACUUGUCCAGUCACGGUGGUGAAGGCUGGAGACCAUGAAUGAAGCUUGGAAUGAAGCUUGGCGUAUGGAUUUGUAGCUUUCUAGCUAGUAAAUUAAUAAGCCAGCGAGUGUAUGUUUUCCCUCCUUCUUGUCCUAGUUUAAUCCUGUUAUUAUAUAAAAGCUUAUUGACUUGUGUCUAUGCUUUGUAAGGGAAAGAGAGAGAUUGGAGUUUUGGCGGAAAAUGAUGCCUGUGAUCUUUUGAGUGAUG